CUGCCUUUCACCUCUGCUCGCCGGGGAACGUGGAGCCGGGAGCCAGCUGAGCAGCGAGAGACGCCGCCGGGCUCCCUGCGGUUCCAUGCGGGCGGGCGCUGCCUGCGGGCCGCUGCCGGGCUGGGUGCGGGGCGGGCGGGCCGCUAUGGAACGCUGGUGAGCGCCCGCCUUCGGCCCCCGAGAGCCCGCUCCGUGCCCGCCCCGCCGCCCCCGGCCAUGGCCCCCAUGGGGAUCCGCCUCUCCCCGCUGGGGGUGGCCGUGUUCUGUCUGCUGGGCCUCGGCGUCCUCUACCACCUCUACUCCGGCUUCCUGGCCGGCCGCCUCGCCCUCUUCGUGCUGGGCGACCCGGCGGAGCGGGCCGGGGGCGGACCCGACCUUCCUCCGGGCCCCUUGCCCGAGGGCACCGUGGACCUGCGGGAGCUGCUGGCCGUGUCCGUGCUGGCCGCCGUCAAGGGGGGUGAGGAGGUGAAGCGCGUCCGGGAAAGCAACGUCCUCAACGAGAAGGCGAAGGGCAAGACCCGCGAGGGGGCCGAGGAGAAGAUGACCAGCGGGGACGUGCUGUCCAACCGCAAGAUGUUCUACCUGCUCAAGAACACCUUCCCCAGCGUGCAGAUAAAUACUGAAGAACAUGUUGAUGCACCUGAUGAGAUAAUUUUCUGGGAUCGCAGUAUUCCUGAAGACAUAAAGGAAAAAAUACAGCCUAAAAAGGUCCCAGCAGAAAGUGUGACAGUGUGGAUCGAUCCAUUAGACGCCACGCAUGAAUACACAGAGGAUCUUCGACAAUAUGUCACUACUAUGGUGUGUGUGGCUGUGAAUGGUGAACCAGUAAUAGGAGUAAUACACAAGCCUUUCUCAGCAUAUACAGCGUGGGCAAUGGUGGAUGGUGGGUCAAAUGUAAAAGCUCGUUCCUCCUACAGUGAGAGAACUCCAAGAAUUAUUGUGUCCCGCUCUCAUGCAGGAAAAGUAGAACAGGUAGCACGGCAAACAUUUGGAAAUAAAACUGUGAUCAUCCCAGCAGGUGGAGCAGGCUAUAAAGUUUUAGCCCUCCUUGAUGUGCCUGACAAGAAACAAGAAAAAGCUGAUGUAUAUAUUCAUGUGACAUACAUCAAGAAAUGGGAUAUAUGUGCCGGGAAUGCCGUGCUGAAAGCAUUGGGUGGUCAUAUGACUACCCUGACUGGUGAAGAAAUCAGUUAUACUGGUUCAGAUGGCAAUGAGGGGGGACUCCUAGCCAGUAUCAAUGUGGAUCAUCAAGCGUUGGUUGACAAACUCCCAGAUCUGGAGAAGGCAUCACAUAAACAAACAUAACUGCUGAGGAGUACACACAUGGUUCUGCAGCCUCAAAAUGUUCAGCCUAAGGAAACAGGCAUGAGAAGAGCCUGCUACGGGACUAGGCACUGAGAGCCAAGGCCACUCGGUGUUUUCUGGGGGACUACAUAUAGCAUCAGGCUUCUUCAUUGGUGGUGGUUACAAAUUCAGAAUUAGGAAGGCGACUGAA